AUGUCUGCAGGAAACGAGCGGUUCAACAGUGAGGCGGCCACAUGGAACGAGAAGCCCGACGUGGUGCGCGGCGCUGGUCUCGCCUUUGCGGCCAUCCUCGCGCUCCGGCCUGAUCUUGACGAGGCCAAGGCGCACGGGACGGCGGCGACGAAUGGGAUUGACGUGCUCGAAAUUGGCUGCGGCACUGGCCUGCUCGCCCUGCAGAUGGCGCCGUACGUGCGCUCAAUCGUCGCCGUGGAUGCAGCACAGGGCAUGAUUGAUGUUUUGAGGCAGCGACUGGCCGAAACGCCCGAAGCUGCCAACAUUUCGUCGCUGUGUGCCAUUCUGGAGGAUCCAGAAGACCCAGUUCUGCCGCCAGCAGUGGAAACAGUGACUGGCUCUGGUUCCGCGGGUCCUCGCCGCAAGUUUGACCUCAUCACGAGCCAUCUGGUUCUUCACCACAUCCCCGAUCAUGCAGCCCUGCUGAAAACGCUUCACGGCUGUCUCAAGCCGGGUGGCCAGGUUGCCCUGACCGACUUUGAGGACUUUGGACCAGAGGCCCGACGCUUCCAUCCAGAAGACAGGAUGGCUGGUGUCGAGCAUCACGGCAUCAACGCUGCCCUGUUUGCCCGCCAGAUGAGGAACUCCGGGUUCGAAGACGUGGUCGUGAAGCCGGAAUGGACCAUGGACAAGAUGGUCGAGCAUUUCCCGGGCCAGUUUGCAAAUGGCAAGCCAGAGAACGGAGGAGACACCCUCACGUUUCCCUUUCUGCUCUGCAAGGGCACAAAAAGGCGACUGUGA